GGUCUCGUUCAAAAAAUCAAAACAAAAGUUUUAAAGUGCGGGUGCGGGUGGUUUGUAUUGUAAAUACUUAAGUAUUUCCACUUAUUCUCUCAAUAUGUCUGUUGGAACAGUUUAUGAUACAGCGUAUCGGGGGGACUUUAACCAGGUUAAAGUAAAACUUGACGAAAACGUUGAACUAGUAAAAACUGCCGACCCGAAUGGCCGGCUUUUAAUUCACUGGGCGGCGCUUGGUGGAAAUCACCACUUGGUAGAGUAUCUGGUAGAGCAAGGGAGUCCUGUCGAUCCAGUGGAUGACACCAGCUCAACCCCGCUCAUUCUGGCCUCAUCGGCGGGCCGCUUCGAGGCGGUGCGACUGCUCAUUGGUAAAGGUGCCAAUGUGAACCACAAAACUGCACGAGGCCAGUCAGCAUUGCAGUAUGCUUGCUCCAAAGGGCACAAAGAGGUUGCAAACAUAUUAAUACAGUCAGAUGCGGACAUAAACCACAAGGAUGUCCUGGGAGCCACUCCUCUGCACCGGGCGGCAGCGCAAGGCCGCACCAACAUUGUGGAGUUGCUGUUGUCUUGUCCCAACAUUGUAGUGGACCCGGUCGACUGCACUGGCUCCACUCCUUUACAUUUGGCCUGCGAAGAAGACAGAGAAGCAGUGGUCAUUUUGUUAUUAAAAUCUGGAGCAAAUGUUGAUGUUCUUAACAAAGAAAAAAAAUCACCAGUGGAUCUUUGCUCUGUUAAAUUAAGAAAUACUAUUGGUAAUUUUAUGCAUUAACUACUGUAACUAUUGAAUAAAUAAAUAAUGCUUAAGUGUACUUCAAA